AUGAAACACGUAAUGAGAGCUGAUAUCCGAAAUGUCCUAAGAAUGAUGGCAGAAACAAAAAUAUGGCUGAAAGAAAAACAGGACAUACAGAAAAGACUCGGUCCAAUGGAUGAUCCUGCUUUGAAAUGGUACGAAUUACAAAAAUUAGUAGAUAAUGUGGCCGAGCUUUAUAAAGAGGCAACAAAGAUCAAGAAUCCAACUCCAGAUGACCGUAUUCACAUUACUGGUGACGUCAAAUAUGAAUUGUAA